AUGAUCACCCCGCGCAAGGUCCUACUCGCCCUGAUCGCCGUGGUCACCUUUAUACUCGUUCUUCGCUCGUUUAGAGAUCCUGAAGUUCCGGGGGCGCCCGGUUAUAGACCAGUGAAGAAAAUAUCCGAAGAAGAGGAGGAUGCAGUAGCAAAUCCAGCACGGAAGAUGCCACCUCAAGGACGAGCCCAACUCCCCCUCGGCGCAUAUCCGACAGCACCGCUUCGCGAGCGUCUCCGCUAUCAAUUCCCCUACGAAAUCGAAAACCGAUUCCCCGCAUAUAUUUGGCAAACAUGGAAAUACACACCGUCGUCAUUCUGGUUCGAUGAAGACCUUCGAGGCCCCGAGGCCAGCUGGACGGAGAUGCACCCCGGCUUCACGCAUGAAGUCAUUCCCGAUGAUACGCAGACACAUCUGAUAAAAUACCUGUACGCGUCGGUUCCGGACGUUUUCGAGGCAUAUAAUUCAUUACCGCUCGCAGUGAUGAAGGCGGACUUCUUCCGGUACUUGGUGCUUCUGGCGCGCGGCGGCGUUUACAGUGACAUCGACACUUUGGCGCUUAGACCCGCACACACGUGGCUGCCAGAGGAACUGGAUCGCUCGACCAUUGGAUUUAUUGUCGGCAUCGAAGCUGAUCCGGACCGUGAUGAUUGGCAUGAGUGGUACGCGCGCCGACUUCAGUUCUGUCAGUGGACCCUUGUAGCAAAACCGGGGCACCCAAUCCUUCGGGAUAUGGUGGCUUUUAUUACUGAGCAUGCUCUGCGAAUGAAGAAAGCAGGUAUUCUCAAUGUUGGAAAGAUGGAUAGGACUAUAAUGGAGUUCACUGGGCCUGGUGCCUGGACUGACGCCGUCUUCCGUUACUUCAACAACCCGGCAUACUUCAAUGUACAGCCUGGGGACAAAAACAUUACCUACGAAGAUUUCAGCCACCAGACCACGCACCGCAAAGUUGGAGAUGUGGUUGUUCUCCCGAUCACCAGCUUCAGCCCUGGCGUGGGACAGAUGGGUGCGGGGGAUACUGAUGAUCCCAUGGCUUUUGUGAAACACAACUUCGGAGGCACAUGGAAGACAGACCCAUCGCUCUGA